AUGAGUCAGCUGCUCAACUUUGUGUCCAUUUUUUUCAUACUGGCAAAUAUAUUUAUUGUAUCUACCAAAACCAAUGGCGUACAACAUUUAACUUACAUAAUACAAGAAGAAGCGCCCAGAGGGACCAAGGUGGGCAAUUUGGCCGACGACAUUCAGCAGAUGUUUGGUACAUACCCAACAGAUGGUGAGAAAUCAACUGUCAAUCUGAUGAUCACCAACUGGCAGGACAUUGGAUCUCAAAAUUUUGCCAUUGACAUGGGCAGUGGUCAUUUAAUCGUGACCUCAAAGUUAGAUAGAGAAGUGCUCUGCCCUGACAACAGCGGUUCAGGACCAGCGAGGUUCCCAUAUCCCUCUGAAAACGGUGGAGGUCAUCCAAUACCUGAGAAGAUCCACUCUCCCGAAGCCUCCGACAAUCCGUGUACUCUAACCCUCCGUGUUGUCUACACGCCUGAACAAAACAAGGAUGACUUGAAGGAUCCAGUUCUUCUGACGGUGAGCGUUAUAGUAGCCGAUAUCAACGAUCACGUUCCGAUUUUUCCCCAAACUCGAGUCAAUGUGGAACUAGGAGAGCUAUCAGCGGUACCUGGAGAGACGACAAUUAAUCUUCCCACGGCAAGUGAUCCUGAUGCGGGGCCGAAUGGUACUCUUUCUUAUUGGCUGGAACCUGUCCGACCCCAACACGGGCGUCAGAACUUGAAUUCGACAAUCUUCCCCUUCAAUUUGGAAGGUCUAGUGGAUGGCAACCCUCUGCGAUUGCGGCUGAAUCAGCCAUUAGAUUAUGAAAAUUUGAGAUUCUACGAAGUUAUGCUAUGUGUUGAAGACCACGGGACACCAAAUCCACUCAGUUCUCGACUACGAGUCCACAUCGACGUUAUAGACGAGAAUGACAACAUUCCAACCUUCACGAAACAAAAUUAUUUCCGAAUAAUAAACGAGUCAUUACCUCCUGGAAGCGUACUACUGGAUCUGUACGCGCAGGACCUUGACAGCGGUCAGAACGGACAGGUAUCAUUCGAGCUACCUGCCCCCAUGACAGAAGAGUCGAAGAUGGUCCAGCAAUAUUUUGACGUCCGUACAGUUACACCUGGCUAUGCAAAACUCUUUAUCCGGCAAUCUCCUGAUCUGGACACUCAAAUCGAACCGCAGUCAAGUGCCGCAUUAGAUGUCUGCAUUCGUCGAAGUCGUGAUUUUACUUUUCGUGUAAUCGCCACUGACAACGGUUCAUCAAGGCGACACACAUCGGAGGCUACUGUAACUGUGCGGGUGUUGGAUGUUAAUGACAUGACUCCUAAAAUAUCCAUCAAUUUCCUCACAAACCAGGGCCCUCAAUACCAAGGAAACGUGCUUUUUAGAGGGACCUUACCUCAGAAGACCCACGGAGUGGUGAUGGAGAACGUGGAACGCAGUGUCAUUGCGUUCGUUUCCGUGAGAGACCUCGACUCAGGACCGUGGGGACAAGUAUCCUGCAGAACAGACAACGAAGCCUUCAAGCUAAUUUUAAUCGGCGAAAAUAAUGUAGAAAUGAAUUCAUUUGAGGAGCACAACGAGGAUGAACCUCGUUCAGCAAACAAAGAGCUCUCCUUCAAAUUGAUGACUCAGAAACCAUUUGACAGGGAAGAAAUUCAGCAGGUGCCUUUCCGGAUAAUAUGCAUUGACGGUGUUUACAAAACCGGCCAAACGCAGACAUUUGUCCAGGACCUCAGCCCACCAUCUUUUGUUGUACCUCACAGCGGUAUUGCAAAUGAAGGCAAGGAGUUGACGAUUGUCACUGAAAGAGCAAGACAAUUGACAGCGGUAUCGCUGGUCUCCGUUCGAAUUCUCGAUGCAAAUGAUUGCGCGCCAGAAUUCAGUCAAAGCAUCUACACAUUUUCGGAAGAGGAGAAUGUUCCUGAUUUUACGAACCAACCAUCAACGAAAUUAGGGGGUAAACCAAUUGGUAGUAUUGUAGCUCGCGAUCGAGACCUCGAUCCCGUACUAACCUACGCCUUACUCAGUAAUCCGCAGGAUGCAUUUAGGAUUGACUCGAAUUCAGGGACUUUGUACAUUGUUCGACCAUUUGAUAGAGAAGCCUUUCUCACAUCAACAUAUGAAGGAAUUGAAGUAAAGAGGAGCAAAUCUACAAACGAAUCCACCGUAGUGGUACAUCUCCAAGCUCAGGUGUCCGAUGGUAAACACACAGCUCACACCGAGGUUCAGGUGACUAUUGCUGAUGUAAAUGAUUGUCCACCCAUAUUUGAGAAAACGACGUACGAAUUUUUUGUUGAGGAGAACCGCAGACCUCUAAAUAUUCAUCCCAUAGGUACAGUAAGAGCUCACGAUUCUGAUUUGGGGUUGAAUGGGAAGAUUAUUUAUCGUCUGCAGCCAAUAAACGACCAUGGCUUCCCCAAUGCAUCAACCUACCUACGGGAUUACAAUCCCGCAAGACACUUUAAAAUCGAUCCAAACACUGGAAGCAUACACGCAUUGCGUCCGCUUGACAGAGAACAGCAUAUUCAGCACAUCUUUCAUGUCGUCGCUAUUGACACUUCCGAUGGCCAACUUUACCAGCAGACAAUUAAUGGAAAGAAAACUCAAUUCACUGCAACAACUACGGUGACUAUCAUUGUGAAUGACGAAAACGAUAAUGCUCCCACGAUCACCUUCCCUGCAUCGCAUACAACACUUCGGGUUGAGGUGGGAGCACCAGCCGGACAACAAAUCUUUACAGUUACUGCCACAGACCCUGAUGCAGGAGAGAACGGCACUGUGCGAUACUCCCUGCGCCAAUCCACACCCAUUGUAAUGGAUGCUAGAGUUGACGAAGCUAGUGCUGAUGAUGCCAUCUUUUCCAUUGACGAACAGGCAGGAAUUGUUCUACUGGCAGAAAAACUCCCUAGCAUUCCCACAAAAUACUUUUUAACCAUCGGAGCUCAUGAUUUGGGAAGCAUCGUACAAAGAAACACGUCGAUUGCAGCCAUCAUUCACGUUGUGGCUAAAAAUAGCCCGGAAUCUUUGGAAAGUUACAAAGGAGAAAGUAAGACAUCGGUGAUUGGUGGAGGAGAGGCAGCUCAGUGCUUUCUGGAUAGCUGUCCACCCGGUGUGCGAGCACCGCAGAUCCGAAGUCGCGCUCUCGGGUUUUCGCGUGAUGGAGGUGGCAGUAGCAGGAGCGAAGGCGAUGUUGCUGAGGAGGAGGGUCAAAUAAACCCCGAGAUAUCUCAAAUGGCACCACCAUUACCGCUUCCGCCUCCAUCGACGAUAGUGCAACCCUUUGCUUUCCUCACCGAUCGCAUCAUUAUCUUCGUGCUCUCUUCCAUUUUCGUUGUCCUCCUGAUCGUCACCGUUGUCCUCAUUCUCCUCAUACGUCGUCGCAGAUUUAUUGACGUCAAUACAAAUCACGAGCACAAAGACGAACCAAAGGUUUCACAGAUUCAAAACAACAUUGUCCGUGGAGGAUUACAGUGUCCAACGAACACACUGCAGCUGGUUCGAAAUGAUGAGGUGCCCGAUAGUAAAGCAGUUUUCUACAGAACGGGUUUUCCAUCCGAUGGAACAUCUCAUAGCGACUCCGAAGCGAGGAGCAUAAUCGCAUCAGAGACCUUUCCGAUGACAGGAGAAGAUCCUUACACUUUGUUGAAACCCUUAAGUAAAAAUCAGGGCGCGUCCCUCUCCUCAAACGAAAUGGGAUACAGGCAAUACAACCAUUGCGUUGCAGUGAGCUCCUUCCCCGCUCUGGUACCACUGCAGAGUGCAGUAGCAUCACUAGCAGAGAACAACACCCCAGGCCAUGCUGCUGCCCUCUACUCCACUUGUGACAACUAUUCCAAUGGAUUUGCUCACAUCUACCCUGUCUGCACGUCGAAACGCAUUGUGAGCCAUCAGAAUAUGGGAGGCACUCAACAAACCGGUCCACUAAGCAACUCUCAUCUUCUCACAGGCCUCGUUUCGCAGCCACGCAAGUGCCCUUCUGCAGCUACCACUACCACCACUGCCACGUACACCGAGAUGUCCGACCAACUCUUGGCGGCUGCCAACAACGACGGAAACACCAAGAAGUCUGAUUACCAGCUUUUGCUUCAGCAAAAGAUGCCAGUUUCAAUACAGCGUCGACCCUCAGUUCGUCAAUCGAUUCACGCGGAGAAAUUGAUAGGAAUCUCACUUCCAGCGGAUGUGUGGACAUCUGCCUCUCAAGAGAGCGGUGAGCUUAUGAGCUCAUCGACUGUCAGGGCGUCCAAGGACGAGAUAGGGAAACAUGCCCUCAAGUCGGCUAUUCUCCAGCCCAUGGGUCAGAGCAACAGUUCGGGGUGGAAUUCAGACCUAGAAGAUACGAUAAAUUCUACCACGCCAUUACAACCUCACAAGAUGGUCAAGUUCUCUGCCAGCACCAUUUCCCUCAACAAAUUGGCCUCCGCUGAGGGCGGUUUACCAAAGGCCGCUCAGUCUAGUUAUGUGUAG